AUGCCUGACUUUACUGGUCUCGAACUGACUGGCAAGACUGCCAUUGUCACUGGCGCGUCCCGCGGUCUUGGUGCCGGCAUUGCUAUCCUUCUUGGCAAGCGAGGCGCCAACGUGGUGGUCAACUACGUCUCCGACGGCAGCCGAGAGCGAGCUGAGAAGGUCGCCCAGGAGAUUGAAGCCAACGGCACAAAAGCCAUUGUUGUCCAGGCCGAUGUUAGCAAGACUGCUGAGAUUCCUAAAUUGAUUGAUGCUGCGCUCAAGAUCAGCUCAACUGGCAAGAUUGAGAUCCUCAUUCACAACGCUGCUCAAGGAAACGAGGCCAACCUGGUAGACACAACCGAGGAAUUCUACACUCGUCACUUCGACGCCAACGUCAAGGGCCCCAUCUUCCUGACAAAGGCCGCAGAGCCUCAUCUCCCCAAGGGAGGCAGAAUCGUCUUCAUCUCGUCAGCAGGAGCACGUCUCGGUGUCGCAGGACAGACUGUCUAUGCUGCUACCAAGGCAGCCGACGAGGCUCUCGUUCGUGUCUGGGCCAAAGAGCUUGGUCAAUCCCACGGCAUCACUGUUAACUGUGUGAACCCUGGUCCUAUUGCAACAGAUCAAUGGUUCCAGAGUGACGAGCAGUUCCUUAAGGACAUGCAGCCGCUGAUUGACUCUACCCCUGCUGCGGCGCGUGUUGGUGAGGUUAGUGAUAUUGCGCCUCUGGUUGCGUUCCUCUGCACGGAUGAUGCGAAGUGGACGACGGGAUCUGUUCUUUCUGCCAAUGGUGGUCUUUACAAUUAG